AUGCCCAACGCCGACAGAGUCCUCGACUCGACCAUCUACCCGCACUUUGCAGACAGUGUACUUGGCGUGCUUAUCGCUAGGUUCGCUUCCUCGCCCUCCCACGCCUCCCGUCGCAAGGUCCUCGCGCUGCGUCGGAUCAACCGCGCGACGCGCGACCUUGUCGACAUACACCUGAUAUACCGAUUCGUGGUCAAGGGUCGGCCCCGCCAUCCCACAUUCAUCGAUGUGUCACUUGGCGACGCCCUGUCCCUACCCAUUGAGCCCGUACCCAUCCAGGCAUUGGACGCAGAUCGGCCAAGAAAAAAACGCGCGCGCGUCGAGCCUUCCACGCGCGUGCUGCGGAGACGCGCAGGAGGUGACGCGGCUCCUCCACCACAAACGUCAGCCCCAGCGGGCACAGAAAUCGAACGGCGCGCGCGCUCGCUUCUGCAACACACUCGGCUGCUGGAUAUCGGUAACGAUCUCCGAUGUCCUCAACUGUGGGAUGCAUUCGCCCAGCCUGAGCGCUUCGCAACCAUCUUCCCCAAGUUCCAGGCGCUCCGGAUCACUGGUGAACGUUUUCCAACACUUCCCCCUGGAACGCUACUCCCCCCGACUGUUUGGUUCCGAUGCCUAGAUCCAGUGGCUGAGGGCCACCCCGUGCACUACCGCCUCGACCCGGUCCCUACCUUGCGCCUGGUGUGGUCCGUGACCUUCCACCCAACCACCAUGGCCGGGGCUGCCUGGGUCGAACCAUUCUAUGCAUCCGACGAGACGAAGGAGUUUGUGUAUCUCUUCGUCCCCUCGAAAGGCUACUCUCUCCGCCUCCGAGAAUCAGGACGCUUUGUUCGGCCACGGAGCCCCGGUUUUGCAUGGGGCGACUACCGGGUACCGAGUGGUGCGCUAGGCGUGCUCGAAGACGUUGUCUUCCAUAUGGGCCCAGAACUCGAGCGCAGUCACACCCUUGUGGGCCUUGAAGGAAUGCAGCCCAACUGGCUCGGGUUAGAUGACGACGCUGGGAUGGAGGAGGUCUUCACGGCCAUCCGGGCUGGAAUAAAGACGGCGCUAUUGGCCAGGAGGGACGACUCGCGCGACCGUGUCGUUCACGCCGGCCUGUGGCCCGAUUCGCUCAUCGACGCUUGCGUUGAGCGCGUCCGUAUCAUGACGUUGGACGAGUAUCGCGUCGAGGUGGGGGAGAAACAGUUUGAGUGGGAGACGAAUUUGGAUGUGGAUGUCGGAUGA